CGAGCACCCUUUCAGUAAUAUUUUAUAGCUAUUUUAUGCCCCUUUUGAUAAUACAAUGGCGAUUUUCCAAUCAUUAUCUUACUCAAACUAAUCUCCUCGUCUCUGCACCAUGAACCCUCGAAAUAUUUUGAAUGAUGGACGACUGGGGCUCUGUCUGGGGCGAGGAACUGCCCAAACCACUCGCGGGUCUUUCAACGGCGCCAAAUAUAGCAGAAUUCAAGAAUCGUACUGCUGGAAUACACGGAUUUGAUCCAUUAAAUGGUAAUUCGCCGUGGACAAAUGAUGAUGUCCCAUCAGUCAAUGGCCCAGACGACAAGCCGAGGAGAUCACGUGUCGACAUCGAUGACCUUGAUGCUCACAUUCUCUCGGAGCAGCAAACAGUUAAAGAAGAAGAAGAUGAUGACUAUGGAGAUUUUGUAUGGGGUGAAGAGCAAGGACAAGAGCAUGAAGCCGAUAGGGAAGCGAACGCAAUCUCCUUUUCGAGGUCGUUAACCCCCAAAAUAUCAAAACCGAGGAGUCUGCUCAACGAAACCUCACAAAAUAACGAGAGCUAUCCGGAAGAGACCGAAGAAGAUUCUUCUGAAUUUCCUGAGCCGAAACAAAUGGUUGAUACAGAUGAAUUGGUGACAAACUUGCCCGAGGACGUUGUGUUUGAGUCGAAAGAAUCUCGAACUCCUCCGAACUCUGGCAAUGACACCUACCUUGAGUCUGCAUCAUCGUCCAUAGACGGAGGCGCAGUUGGAUCAGUUGACGCUCACUUGUCAGACGUGAGAGGAGCCCAAGAUUCUAAUCACAAUGAUUCUAUAUUUAAGACGGAAGAAGACGAUGAUUUUGGAGAAUUCGAGGAUACAGAAGAGCCGCAAAUCGCUGGAUUCAUUGUUGACCUACCAAAAGUAACUUCAUUUGGGGACGCACAGCCUCUACAGAAUGACGACUUCAAAUCGAAGCCGAGAUUCUCUGUAGAUCUGUCACAUAUUAACCAGAUCUUCCCAGUGACAAGCGAUGAGCAAACUCCUCUCAGCGACAUUCCGGAUGAAACGAUCUCGAGUACAUCAAAUCGCAAAGUCUGGUACCGCAUCACGCGUAAAGAGACCAUGCGAGAAGAGAAUUUUGCUGAUGAGAGCAAUUACGUUAAAAUUAGAUGGAAUGACUCCAAAGUUCGAAGAGACGUCAACAAGAGAGUAGAGAAAUGGAUUGGCGAAGACAGGUCACUCAGGGGCUUCGGUUUCGGCUUUGGUUUACACAGCGGAGCAAGAGCGAGGAAUAUUUUUAAAUGGUCGGAGAAUUCGAAAGAUGUCAGCUCUGGAAUGGGAAGAUCCAGGUCUCAAACAACCGCAUCAGGUCCUGCUCCGCUGCUCCUUGGUUCACGACAUCGCCAUCACCAAUCAUUAGCUCCUGGCCAUUUCCCUCCUCCUGAGAGCAUUAAACCUCCUCAGUCUUUUCCACGGAAUCUAGGGUCGUCAUCAAGUAAUAAUACGAACCUUCGUAUGGAUCAGCAACCCAGAUCAUCUGAUAAUAUCAACGGGCGCACGGGCGAAAUGGCGGCUUCAAAAAGAGACUCUAGCACAACCCCGGAUCGCCAUUCCCAAUCGCCAUUCAUACCAGAAAACUCUGGUUCUCAAAUUCAAUCUCCUUUACGAGCACCUGCAAACCAUGGUAGAGCUACAUCUGUUGGUCUCAGAAAGAGCAUGCCUUUCCACUCUAAGCAAGGGCGCACUACUCAAAGUGUGGAUCUUUCUGCAUUGCAACCAUUACGUGCUGCAACAGCUCAAGACCGAGCUCCAAGCCCACUUUUAGAGUCUACUUUGGGCCGCCCGUCGCUAGGAAGAUUGCCUCCACCGUCGAGGCCAAGUAUACCACAUCUUACUUCCCAGAACCUUGUCACGAAGACGCAAGACAGCCCCGUGUACCACUCAGAGAUAUCCUCGGUUCUGCCAAACGAGCAAAUUCGUCACCUAAGAGGCCCUUCAAUACAACUGUUAACAUCGCUAGAAGACAAAUUUCAAGGACUGCCACGAGAGACAUCAACCGCUGGUCGGCCAUCUUCAGACUUGGCAGAGUUAGUAGAAUCGCCGAUCACUGCGACGACGGAACAGAGCAACUCUUCUCACAUAUCACCUCCGAAUUCUCCAAUGACUUCUCUGCCAUCUACGUCAUCCCCUGUCAGUUUUGUUGAGACCGGAUCCAACGGUAAUAUGAAACCGGUUCCACACAAUCUUGUUCUAUCAAGAGGGCCAGACGGCAAAUCCAAAAAAGCCCUAAGCCCUAUCGGACAGACUGCUGAACAUCCAAGAUCUUCAUUUUCAACAGAAAACAGAGCCACGGAGAAGACAAGAAGGGACGAAGAAGAGGAUCGAAUAGUACGAAGCAUAAUUGCAGGUCUCCCGGACUUGUCUUACAUGCUCAAGUAAAUAGCGCACCAUGUACCGGACAGCACAUAACGAACGCAUUUGAAGGUGUUUUGAGGCAUUCAAUUUGGUCACUUUGGUCCAGCCUUUUUUAUUUUAUUUUAUUCAAGAUGCGGCUGAUUCAUUCAUUAUAUAC